UAACAUAAAUUCACAACCACGAAAAACCGAAAUCCCACACCCAGUUUUUGUUUGAGAAAAUGGAGACCAUAGGAGUGCUGAUGACCUUCCCCAUGAAUUCCUACUUGGAGCAGGAGCUCCAACGCCGCUUCAACCUCCUCAGAUUCUGGACGCUACCGGAGAAAUCGGUAUUUCUGGAGGCACACAGGAAUUCAAUCCGCGCCGUCGUAGGCAACGCCACGGCCGGCGCCGACGCCGAGCUGAUCGACGCCUUGCCCAAUUUGGAGAUCGUUGCCAGUUACAGUGUGGGACUUGACAAGAUCGAUCUGGGAAAGUGCAGGGAGAAAGGAAUCAGAGUCACCAACACUCCUGAUGUGUUGACCGAUGACGUAGCUGACUUGGCUAUUGGCUUGAUUUUGGCAGUGCUGCGGAGGUUGCCUGCCUGCGAUCGUUAUGUCAGGAGUGGAAAAUGGAAGCAUGGGGAUUAUCAAUUGACCACUAAGUUCACCGGAAAAACUGUGGGGAUCAUUGGGUUGGGAAGAAUUGGACUUGCAAUUGCUAAAAGAGCUGAAGCAUUUAGCUGCCCGAUCAGUUAUUAUUCUCAAUCAGAGAAAGCAGAAGUAAACUACAAAUACUAUCCAAGUGUUGUGGAGUUGGCAUCAAACUGUCAAAUCCUCGUAGUUGCAUGUGCACUGACAGAGGAAACUCGGCAUAUCAUCAAUCGUGAAGUAAUCGAUGCAUUGGGUCCGAAAGGUAUUCUGAUUAACAUUGGUAGAGGUCCUCAUGUGGAUGAACCUGAACUGGUUUCUGCGUUAGUAGAAGGCAGGUUGGGAGGUGCUGGUCUUGAUGUGUUCGAACAUGAGCCGGAAGUGCCUGAAGCACUUUUCGGACUUGAAAAUGUUGUUCUGUUGCCACAUGUAGGAAGUGGGACUGUGGAAACACGCAUGGAAAUGGCUGAUCUUGUGCUUGGCAACUUGGAGGCUCACUUUUCCAACAAACAACUCUUAACCCCUGUAGUUUGAUUAUGUACAUGAUUUAUUGGAGGCUUCACAUUUCAGCCAUUAUCCAUAUUUACCUUCAACAUUUUGCAAAUUGCUUUUCCCCAA